UGCUGGUAGAAACCCUGAGUGAGACUCAUCCAGCUUUAGUAACUAAGCCAACUGCAUAGACUAUAGACAACCAUGUAAAGGAAUCCACUGCCAGAAAAGAGACCAGACUAUCACCAUGGUGGAUGUGAAGUGUCUGAGUGACUACAAAUUACAGUAUGAACUUGAUAAGCUUGGAUUUUCCCCAGGCCCAAUACUACCUUCCACCAGAAGACUGUAUGAAAAAAAGUUAGUGCAAUUGUUGGUCUCAACUCCCUGUGCAUCUCCUGUGCUGGAGGAACCCCCAGAGCGGGACAGAACUGAGGACUGUAACGUCAGCGGAGAGCUUAAUGCCACUAUCAGUUUGAAAGGAAAUAUCAUAUUCUCAACAGAAAAAAACAAGGGACUCAAAAAAACCCUCCAGGCUUCCACCACUAAACCAAACUCUCUGGAUAUCUCCUGCCUGGUUCAGAAGCAUUCUUGGGGAGUAAGGUGUGCUGCAAGGUCGUCACUCCCCGGAAGCAGAGGAAGAAGCAUAACCCCAGACGAGGACUACUGCGCACCAACCAGGAGUGUCGACAGCACGAAGCUCGAGCUGUUUCCAGUGGGCUUCAGACUCGCUGUGUUCGGGAUCUUCAUCAUUGUGAUAUUUGUCUACAUAACUGUGGAAAGGAAGCCACUCUUCGGUUGGGUGCUUUAGGAACAGAGCGAUGUGUGUACCUCAGGAUUGCUCCAAGCGCCGGCUCAGGGCCCGGCUGCUCCGCAGGGGAGUCCCUGUCGUCGCCAGCUGGCCCCCGGGCUGUACUGUUGUCAUGCUCCAGCUCAGGCAGAGGGACAGGCGCCGUGGCCACACGCUUGAUGGGAGGGGACACCCCGAGUCGUGUCAAUAAUCAUUAAAGGUGCUUUCACAUCUA